AUGGCAGCCGCAGCAGCGGUGACGACAACGGCAACGGUGGGUCGGGCAAUGGCUGGCAAGACGGCGGCCGAUGUCAUUUUGGUCACGACGCGGGAUGGCAUGCGACGCAUGAUCAAAUGGUUGGAGGCGCGCUAUCCGGUGCAGGCCUGUGGGCAGGCUGACCGCAUCCUUUUUCUGCAAUUUCGGCCCGAGGCUCGCCUUACCGAGGCGCAAGAUGGGCCGGCCUUGAUCACCACGCAAGAUAGCGUGUGCCCGCCGAAGCAAGCCCGCGCAACUCAAGACUUGAUCGAACGCCUGAGCCAGGACCGAGGCAUUGGUACGGCGGGAGCUUAUGUGCGCUUUUUCCCUGUCACCGAUCAAUUGCCGAGCGAUGACCCAGUGGCAGUGGCCGAAUAUUUGCGCCGGUUUCCCUUGCCCAUGGGCAGUCGCUUGCGCCUCUCGGUGUGGCCCGGCGACAAGGCCAAGCCCAUCUUGGAUGAGCUCCUCCCGCACUGUGAAUUGACCCCACGCGUGGAGGAUAGCACACACCUCGUCUCCGUCGUGAGUCAGGCAGGACACACCUGGUGCAGCGUGGCCGAAAAGUCGCUGUUCAACGAAUACUUUGCCAUGAAGCAGCGCGGCUCGAAUGCUGUCUACAAUACUGGGCACCCCAUCGGCUGGCGCGCCGUGUCGCGGGCCUACUACAAAAUGGACGAGUCUUUGAUUCGCCGACCGCUGGACCAGAGAAUGCGCGAUGGCCCGUUGGUGGGCUUGGACGUGGGGGCAAGUCCAGGCGGCUGGAGCCAGCGCAUGGCUGAGUUUUGUGAUUACGUAGUGGCGGUUGAUCCCGCGGUGCUGUCAGUGCCGCAUCUGCGCCCAGAGACCAUUCCGAGCGGUGAAUCUCCACCCAAACACGCGAUUAUUCACAUUGCUGGUCGCAUCGAGGCCUCCGACACGGAGCUGGCGAGAUUUGCACCCUAUCAUUUGUGUGCAUGCGACAUGAACGUGCCACGACGCCAAGCCAUGGCCUUUGUCCGUCAGAUCAAACCAUACAUGGCCAUUGGGGGCCGCCUGGUCCUUACCAUCAAGUUGUCGGAGCGGCAAAAUCAUCUCAUGAACAUCUUGGCCGAGGUGAAGGAUAAUCUGAGGGCGCUUGGCUUUGGCAACCUCACGGUGUUUCAUCUUUUCGCCAACAAGAAUCAAGAAUUUACUUGCGUUGCGGACUAUCUCAGUGACGAGUCGCAGCUGCAGCGCACGCCGCAAGAGCCCCUUUACUUUGGCUGACCAAGUUUUGUGUGACUGUCUUGCACACUGUGAAUGAUUGAUGCAACCCAGCAUUUCGUCGUGUUUUUCGUCGCUUUGGUCGCGUUGAGGCUUUUUGUCCCAUGUACGUCACCCACGCAGCCAAACAACGAAAGGACUGCAUGCCCAAGGGGCUUGUGCGCCCAACUCCCGACUCAGGAAUGUCCAGACUUAUCCCAAUCAAAGGCCAGAAGAUCGU